AGCAUAUGUUAAUGCCUUGCCUGUAGAGGUACCGGUACACGCCAUCACUGUAAACACGUAACAUUUUCCCGCUGUCCCAGCUUGCUUAUAUAGCUAACCUGCAACGUGCAGCUUUUACAGAGUUUUCAUGCAAGGUAAACUAGAAGAAACCACAGACCCGACAGCUGGCUGCUGGUUCACGGCGACACAUGAAGCGCACAAGAGAAGAAGGGGCGUGUCCGCACACGAACUCUGAUACCACUGCCGUAGAUUUCGGUAACUUGCUGAUCCGUCUAGAGCGGGGGCAGGAUGCUCCGCAGGGUGUUGGACCCCCCAUCGGCGCUUCCCAUGCAUGUUGCGGCUGCGGCCAGUACAUGGCCACAGGGGGAUCGCUGUCAUGUAUCAGUGGAGACAACGCCUUGCGUGGCUGUGCUUGCGGUUCCAUGCUGCUGGUGGAUGUGGCGCGCUGCGAGCUGUACUGCUGCGGCUGCCGGGACUACGUCUACCUGCCGGCCUUCGAUGAGGGUCGUCAGCUAGCCCACGUGGUGAAGCGCUACGUGGACCGCGGCCUGAGCCCCGGGCUGCCGCAGCACGACCCGGGGCGCGAGGUGCAGUGCAAGCGCGCCCGUGCCGCCACGGAGCCGGCUCUAGCGGCGCUGCGGGCGGAGCUGGCGGCAGCAGCAGCCGGGGCGGGGGCACAUGGCGGGGCGGGCAGGCCUGCCUGGGGUGCAGACGAGGGCGGCUGCAGCACUGCACGCGCGGAGCGGAGCCGCGCAGCAGCAGCCUCCUCGCAGCAGCCGGGCGGCACCUCCUCCUGCUGCUGCGCCUCCCCCUGCGCUCCGGACGGUUUCCCCGCGGGCCUGCGCGGCCUGAACAACCUGGGCAACACCUGCUUCAUGAACAGCGUGCUGCAGGUGUUCAUCCACUCGCCUCUGCUGCGGAACUACUUCCUGGGUCAGGGCCACACGCACGGCGCAUGCGGGCAGGGGCAGCACGCGGGGGCGGGAGGCAAGCCCUGCCUGUCCUGCGAGUUGGACGCCGUGUUCGCCGCCGCCUACUCGGGUGAGCGGGCGCCGCUCAGCCCCACCGACUUCCUCUACUCCUGGUGGACAUUCGCGGACAGCCUGGCAGGCUACCAGCAGCAGGACGCGCACGAGUUCUACCUGUCAGCGCUGUCGGGCCUCAUGUCGGCAGUCAUAGCGCCGCCCGCCGACCCGCCGCGGGGGCGGUCCGCCGGCGCCGCCACCGCCGGCAGGGGCGUCAAGCCGGAGGGCGGCCCCCCGGGUGCGGUUGCGAAGGAGGAGCCGGAGAGGGGCGACAGCCCGGUGGGCCCCGGCAGCGGCGGUGCUGCUGCGGCGGCGGGGGGCUCGGUGUCGCCUGCUCGCUCUGCGGCGGCAGGCGAGGCCGGCAGCAGUCCAGCCGGUGCGGGGGCUGCUGCUGCUGCAGGCCCCGCAGCGGGCUCCGGCAGCGGCGCCAGCAGCGGCGCCCCCAGCCGGCCGCUGAGCCUGGUGGACUGCGUGUUCGGGGGGGUGCUGCGCAGCGACGUGACGUGCAGCGAGUGCGGCCACACCUCCACCGCGUACGACCCCUUCCUGGACAUAUCCCUGGACAUGGUCGCCUUCGGCGCUCCCCCGCCCCGUCAUGCCGCCACCCUCAUCCCCAGCAGCGCCGACCCCGCCGCCUCCGAGCUCACCCCCGCCGCCUCCCCCACCGCGGAGGACCGACACACAGGCGGCUCGGCACUGGCACUGGGGGGCGCCGGCGGCGGCGGUGGUGGAGGUGACACCGAGGCCGAGGGCACCACCACGGGUAACACCACCCUGCUCCCGCCGGGCCGAGGGCGGCACCCUGGCAAGGCGGCUGCCCGCCCCUCCGCCUCCGCAUGCGACCCCUCCUCGCAGUCCGUGUCUCUGGCCUCGCAGUCGCGCUCGCCCUCCGAGUCGGUGAUGCCGGGUGCUGGCACCACAACGGGGGCGGAGGGGGUGGGCGAGGGCGCGUGUCCCUCGCCCUCCACCGGCAGCGGCAGCGGGCCGUGCGAUGAGAUGCUACAGGAGACGGCGGAGGGGAACCAGAUUGUGCUGGGCUCCUCCUCCGCUUCCGAGGAGGACGGCGGCGCUGCUGAGGGCAGAGCGGCGGAAGACGGCAAGCAGGGUGCAACGGAGGAGGAGGAACCCGAAGAGGAGGCAGCACCACCACCUGACAUGGCGGGGUACCCCGACUCGGAUGCCCCGGAUGCCGCUGCCGGGGCGGAAGGCGCAGCAGCCCGCCAGACAAGAGGUGUGGGUCGGCGCCGUGGCGUGGGUCGGCCGCCUGUGCUGAGGGCAGCAGCAGCGACAUGCAACGGUGUAGACCGGGCUGCUGCUGCUGCUGCUGCUGCUAACGAACAUGCAGGCGCCGCUGCUGCCGCCGCCGCCACGGCGGCUGGCGCAGCCGCCGCUCGUACGACAAGUGACUCUGUAGCUGCAGCGGAGAGCGCCGCGGAGGGCGGCUGCCUGCUGGAGGGCCCUCCCAGCCCCUCCACCUGCGGCGGCUCACCGCGCACCUUGUCGCGCCAGCCUAGCGUGGUGGACUUGGUGGCGGCGGAGGCGGCGGAGGCGGAGGGGACACCUGGUGCCGCAGACAUGCUUGACGUUAACGGAGGCGGUCCCGGCAGCCGCGGGGUCACUCCAGGUGCCAGCGCGUCUUGCGCGGAGGAGACCAACACCACCACGGCGGCGGGGGCGACUGC